GUGUCGUCAUCACCCUGAGCCCCGAGGCGGCGGCGGCGGCGGUCGCCAUGCGGAAGUCGUGCCGGGUUCAACGCGGCUGCAGCGCCGCCGGGCAGCCCCGGGGCUCCGAGCGCCGCUUCAGCUUCUCCGAGUGGGUGUUCGGGGGUGGGGGGGUUGCGUGCUGCUCUGCGUUGGCCCCGUGGGGCCGCUGCGGUGCUCAGGGCCUCUGCUCGGCGGCGGGAGAUGCCCUGUGCCCCCCCACCCAGGAAGCCCCACGUCCACCCCUGGAGUCAUGCAGAAGGAUCUGGAUAUGUCCUGGAGGGAUUUGGGGGAGGCCAGGGAGCUCUGGACUCAUCAGGAAGAGUGUGGAGAUGUCCCGGAGGUGUCUUGGGGAGACCAGGGGGUCCUGGAGUCCUCCAGGAGUCUCAAAAACUGACAGUUCCCACCGAAAAAGCCCCCUACGGCCACCAGGUGAUGUGGGGAAAACCGCAGGUGACACCGGGACAACUGCCUGUCCCCACAUUUGUCCCUGUCACCGUGGAACCUGGCGCCAUCCCAACCCUCAUCUAUGCUGAGAGCUCCAUCAGCAUCCUACAGCUCCGGGAGCUGGGUGACGCCGUCUCCCUGACUGUCCCCCGGUGUCCCCAACCAUCCUCCCUGCUGCGGUGGUGCAACUGGAGGGCAGUGACGUCCUCGUCAAAGAGGCCUGCCUCCAGCCGGACCUGGUAACACUGGAGCCCUCUGGUGCUGUCACCAUUAUGUGCCACCAGGAUGGGGACGUGGUGGUGUACUCUGCUGCCACCAGAGGGGACCGUGUGUGACAUCAGCGCGGAACAGCUGUCAUCGCUGCUGGGUGUUGCUUUUGUCAACAUGCAUGGGGUGUCACCGCUGGGGACACCUCUGUGUCACCCCUACGGUGUCGCACCCCAAAGUUGGAGGCACCCCUCUGCA